AUGGACCGACCUGGGCCCCUCCUGGAACAUACGGCUCUAGCCGAAUUACUUGGUGUCGAGGACGUGGACUUUGACAGUGGCAGUGAUAUUAAAGUCGAGGGGCAGGAGCAAUCCAAACUCAGCACACCUAUGCGUGGGGACAUUCCCCAUCCGGCAUUUAAUCCGUUCCCCGAACGUAGUGCCGCGACUGCGCUAACAGCGCUGGGAGCAAUGCCUUCCAUGGCUACAUCCAUUAUCACUAACCCACUUGACGAGGAGCAACAACGCAUGCUCGACCAAGCGGCAAGCGCACAGCGCAAGUCAGAAGUUCAGACAACUUUGCAACGACACAGUGAAUUCCACCUGACGUGGAAGAUCUCAUUCGUCAAGCGUCACACCAUACGUAGGCGACAUGGGCUACCGGUCCAAUGGGAAAAACGCCCACUGAACUCGAAUAUCGCAAGGCUCUUCGAGAGAGGUACUUGGAACCUACUGUGA